AUGCUGCGUGUAAACCACGUUAACGACACAGCCGCCUGUCCUGGGGGCGACGGCCAUCGUCGACAUGGGACGUCGUGGUCCAGCUUCGACCAAAUUGAACAGUCUCCGUCCUCCUCCCCGUCUCCAUCGCCAACACCGUCAGCGUCUGUCUCCGUGUCUGUCUCGCGGACCAGCAGACAGGACUCCGAGACGGGCCGGACUCGCUCCCCAGACACGUCGGGGUUGCGGAAUCUGAAUCUCCAGGAACUCACGCCCAAGACGGUCAGCCGGGAGCAGUCCAGGUCAGGCCGGUCCAGUCCGCUUGAACAGCAGAAGAACGCCACACCGAGGAAACGUCCGGCCUCCCAGCGAGAUGACGAUGACGAGCUGGACUUCCAGGCCGGGCUGCGGUCGAAGCGGUGCUCGCACUCUCACUCGCGUACCGUCGAGCGGGGAGGUGUCGUUUUCCACACCAGACCCGCCGUCGCUGACGGGCUCCUGGGCGAAGCUAUAGACGAUGGUCAAUCCGUUGACUUCCUCCCGCACAGCAUUCCGUGCUCGCCGGAUCUCUUCUUGCAGCCGGAAACCAGGCAGAUUGCCGAAGACCAGCUCAUAGUCGAGGUGCAGGGCAUCUACUCUGGGCUCGUCGUCGUGGAGAAGAAGUGCGUGGAGGUCGACAUGCAGCAGCUCAACAGCCGAUCAGAGCUGAGCAACGACCAGUGGAAGGCCCUGAUUGCUAUUCACAGGACCCUCCUCCAUGAACACCACGACUUCUUCCUCGCGUCUCAGCAUCCCUCUGCCACCGACAGGCUGCGGAAGCUGGCUACGGAGUACGGCAUGCCCGCCCGGAUGUGGAGGCAUGGGGUGCACUCGUUCCUGGAACUGCUCAGGCAUCGACUGCCGGGCUCCCUGGAACAUAUGAUAUCGUUCAUUUACACUGCUUACUCGAUGAUGACCCUUUUGCUCGAGAGCGUGCCUGCUUUUGUCAAUAUCUGGAUUGAGUGUCUCGGUGACCUGGCUCGGUACCGCAUGGCGGUCGAAGAGGUUGACAUGUACGACCGAGAGAACUGGGCCGAAGUGGCCAGACACUGGUACCGAACCGCUGCGGAUAAGGGCCCUAAUGUAGGGAGAAUACAGCACCACUCUGCCGUCCUGGCUAGACCGCAUAUCCUCUCUCAGCUGUUCUAUUACACCAAGUCUCUGGUCUGUGUCGAGCCCUUUCCCAGCUCAAAGGAGAGCAUCUUGCUUCUCUUCAAUCCUCUUUUGGAAGAUGAGCAAAAACAAAAACAGACAAACCCCAAGCAGCCCCGUCAUCCACCGGCCCUGACCUCCUUUGUCAAAGCUCACGGCAUCAUGUUCAAGAAGGAGUCUGUCCUCUCGUUCCUCCGGUACUCUCUCCAGUUCUUCUACUCCCUGCCGCAGCACAUCGGCCGCACGGGGGAGAAGUUCCGUGAGCAGGGCGUCUAUAUGUCAUGUUCCAACUUUGCAACGCUCUUUAUAAACGACGAUACUCUUGCCCCCGCAACAAACACGCUGACUGCCACAUAUACAGCUGCUAUCGCAACACCAGCUGAAUCCAGAGUCACCUCUGCAAGAACCUACUGGGGCCGCUGCGAUCAAACUCCCACUUUCCUGUCACUACUCGAUACCAUACCGGAUUCCUCCACUACCAGAUUCAGCUCCUCCCUCUGUCCCUUCUACUACAAGGUUUACCUGUCAAUGCAUACGUUCGCCCUUAUCCUCCGCCAAAUAGGUGAUAAAAACGUUCUGCCUGCCGUGCAUGUCUCUCUGGCCUUCCUUCUUACUCUCUCUCUCACCCCAGAGGCAAUGCAUACGUUUGAACCCCUUAUCCCCUUCCGUGACAUAGUUACCUUCCUCAACACGCUUAACCGCCAGCGUGUAAGCGAGUCGAAAAUUGCUAGUGACGAGUUCCCCUUGCCGGAGUGCCAAGACGUGCGUGUGCGGUAUCAUUUACCUGAAGAUUUUGCCCUCAGGGGACUGGACUGGGCAAGACUGUAUUUCCCUGAUGGGCACUUUGUGAACCAGGAACUGGCAGAAGAUGAGGAGCGGAUGCUUGAGCUCCCUAGUACCGCCCUCGUCAGAACUGAGAGGUGUCUGUGGCUUGGAUACCGUCUCGCCUCUAUGGAUCGAUGGUUUACGUAUGACCCUUCCCUGCGAAGGUUCAAGAUCAAGGACCUUGUACCCCAGCUUGAACGGUGCUCGGAGCGUGCUGCCUUCUUCAAGAAAGCUGCAGAGGUGCUUACCGGGACGGAGUCGUCUACCUAG